AUGUGGCUUUAUAUUGUAUAUAUAAGGCCUUCACACCCUUCUCAUAUUGUUUCAAAUCAUCUAUCUUUACUCAUAAUUGAACAUUCUUCUUUCAUUUAAGAAUUUGCCCAUCAAUUCAAUAAUUCCAUGGCCUCUUCAAAGGUUGAAGUUGAAGCACCAGCCACCGGAGAUAUAGAAGAAACUUUUGAGGUCCCUUCGACCGUGGAAGAAAAAGUAGCCACACCUACUGAAGAAGCAGAAGUAGUUGUUCAUGAAGAUGAUGAUGAAGAAGAAGAGGAAGAAGUUGAGACUGCAUUGAAGGAGGAAAAUGAAGAAAAAGAAAUUACAUCACCUCUGGUUGAAAAUGAAGUGGAUGAAACUGAUGCUACUUUUGAUGAUGAUGAUGAUGAUGAUGCCGAAGCUCAAAACCUUGAAGAUUACUAGACUUUACUUAAUAUUUACGUUUAAGUUUUUUUUAAGGCAUCUUUAACUACAUAUAUAUUUCAUUUUUAUGCGUGCUUUUGAGUGUUUGUGAAUUCCUAAACAAAUAAAUUAAUAAUACGUCUUAAUUAUAUU